CGGGCCGGACGCUCAGCUGUUGUCUCCUGCAGGGCCUUACCUGUUCCUCGCUCCAGUGCUGCACAGUCUUCCCGCGCUGGCUUCUGUGACAGCCGGGUGCCCACUGGUCAUGCGCUUCGCUUUGUGAAUGGUCAUCGCAGUCUCUGUCUACUGUGUCAGUCUCUGGUCAUCUCCUGUACUGUGUCUGCAGUCUCUGGUCAUCUCCUGUACUGUGUCUGCAGUCUCUGAUCAUCUCCUGUACUGUGUCCGCAGUCUCUGGUCAUCUCCUGUACUGUGUCCGCAGUCUCUGGUCAUC